GUGUUGGUGCGAAAACUUUGUUUGGUUUUGUUGCGUGCGGCCGCAGCGGGCAGGAGCUGAGGGAGUGCUGGAGCGAUGGAUUCGAGCAUGGAUCUGUCUUCUGGAUUCUUUAUUUUUCUGUCCGAAAAUACUACCGACGAGACAGGCUCUGGUGAUGAUGGGAACUACCAUGAAGUGUGUUUGCAAGAGGAGAAUGCUGAUUUCAACCGGAUCUUCUUGCCUGUAAUCUUCUCCAUCAUUUUCUUGAUGGGAAUCAUUGGCAACGGCUUGGUCAUUCUGGUCAUGGGCUACCAAAAGAUGCUGAGGAGCAUGACUGACAAAUAUAGGCUACAUCUCUCUGUGGCUGAUCUCCUGUUUGUCAUCACCUUGCCCUUCUGGUCUGUGGAUGCUGUGAUAAGCUGGUACUUCGGAAGAGUCUUGUGCAAAAUGGUCCAUAUCAUUUAUACUGUCAACCUGUACAGCAGUGUUCUGAUCUUGGCCUUCAUCAGCUUAGAUCGGUACUUAGCAAUUGUGCAUGCUACCAACAGCCAGAGACCCAGGAAACUGUUGGCUGAAAGGAUCGUCUACUUUGGUGUUUGGCUACCAGCAGCACUCUUGACUGUUCCUGACAUGAUCUUUGCUGAGACUAGUGAAGUUGGUGGAAAAUACGUGUGUCAGCGAUUUUACCCUGAUCACAACUGGGUGAUUUCCUUCCGAUUUCAGCAUAUAUUGGUAGGCCUAGUCCUGCCUGGUCUUAUAAUACUAACUUGCUAUUGCAUUAUCAUUUCUAAGCUGUCACACUCAAAAGGCCAUCAGAAACGUAAGGCUCUGAAGACCACUGUCAUCCUUAUCGUUGCCUUCUUUGCCUGCUGGUUACCAUACUACAUUGGCAUCAGCAUAGACACCUUUGUCCUCCUUGGAUUCAUCAAGAAUGGCUGUAACUUUGAGGCAGUGGUGCACAAAUGGAUCUCCAUUACAGAAGCCCUAGCAUUCUUCCACUGCUGCCUGAAUCCCAUACUUUAUGCUUUUCUGGGAGCCAAGUUCAAGACAUCAGCUCAAAACACUCUCACCUCUGUAAGCAGAGGAUCAAGCCUUAAGAUCCUUUCCAAAGGCAAACGAGGAGGUCAUUCUUCUGUUUCAACAGAGUCUGAGUCUUCUGGUUUCCAUUCUAGCUAACAAAAUCUUGUUUUCAGUAUAUGUAAAGAGUAUAUAUAUGUGUAUAUAUAUAUGUUUGUGUGCGUGCAUGUGUGUGUUAUUGCCACAAGAUUUUGGAGGGGUGGGGGUUGGAAUCCUCCAAGAUAAUGUACAAGUUUAUUCCCAGUUGGAAUAUUAUAUUUGUUUUUAGUUUUUGUGGAAUUUAAUGGACUUAUUUAUAAAAUAAAAACCUUUACCUGUUCAUGAGAGAGUGUCUAGGCAGGACCUGCGUGUAUGUGGCUAGUUGAGGAAGCUUGAUCUCUUGCUAUCUAAUUGUACAGAUGUUGGAUCUAAACACUUUUAGAGGAUAGCAUGGCUGAUGUGCCCAAGUUAUUUGUAUAUAUAAAAAAGGAUUUUCGGUGUACCUGGUGAAAAACGGCAUUAUCAUCUAUGUGGAUAUUUAGGACUCUGUGCCUGACUGCAUAAGCUGCUUUGGUUUACACUAGUUCAGUUGCAAUGUAGACAGUGGGUGCGAUUCACAUGCUACUAAAGGCAGGGUCAAGAUGCAUACAGUUGAAUGCUGCUGGAUUGCACCCAGUGACAUUUACACCCAAAGUAUCUUCUGUCAAGUACUUUUUGGUAACAAAUUGGAUUGCAAGACUUUGCCCUUGUAAAGUUGUAAAUAAAGGUAUUGGACAAAGAAAA